UGAUAUAUACAGAAAAAAUAUUUGUACUAUUUAUGUUUCGAAGGUUUUUUUAGAUUCUACCUUGGCUGAGCUGUUCUGCCUUUUCUUAGAAUUUUUGAGUUAAGUCAGAUCGGAAUUUUUCAGCAAAUAUUAUGUGUCAAUCAUGAAAUGUAUGAAAUAAUAAAUAAAAAUUUAUAUAAGAAGAUCGUUCCUAAGUUAUGUUAUUAUUACGAUGGUCUAAAUUUUACUCAAUGAAAUUGUAUUACAAUUUUUAAAAUCAUUAAAAAUUAUUAAUUACACAUUUGUAAAUCAUAAUGGCGGCUCAAAUUAAACCAGGUCCUAGCUCAAACAACGAUAAAUUUAAUUCAAACCGAAAGCCGGCAUUACUAGCUAAAUUGGAAGGAUGUAGUGACAAUGUUAAUAAAGCUAUAUUAAUCCCAGAAACUGAUGGCGUUAUUAGUGUUUCCAGUGAUCGGACUGUAAGGGUAUGGUUAAAAAGAGAUUCAGGGCAGUACUGGCCGAGUAUAUGUACAUAUUUACCAUCACCAGCAGUUGAUUUAUUUUAUCGCCCAACUACUAGGCAAUUGUUUGUUGGUCAAGAAAAUGGAACUAUAUCAGAAUAUAUAUUGGAAGAAGAUUUUAAUCGUAUGGAGACUAUUGGUGAUAUACUAGCACACCAUGGUCGCAUUACCGGAAUGAUUUGGACUGAAGUAGAUAUUGAUGGAACAAUGGAAGAAUGGAUUUUAAGCACAUCUCGUGAUAAAAAUUUUCAAUAUCAUAAUGCAAAAAAUGGUAACCCAAUAGGACCUCCAUUUGUUUCUACAUCGUUUUGCACUUCAUUAGAAUAUGAUCCUGAAUCAGCUCAUGCUUUUGUUGGAGACUCUUCAGGAAAUAUUACUAUGCUCAACAUAAAAUCUGAUGGUUUAAAAGUGGUUACAACGUUGACAGGUCAUUCUGCUAGUAUUGAAAUGCUUAUUUGGGAUUCUAGUACAAGACGUCUAUUUUCAUCUGGGCAAGAUCGUGUAAUCAUUGUUUGGGAUAUUGGAGGUGGUCAAGGUACAGCUUAUGAAUUACAUGGUCAUAAUAAUAAAGUAACAUCAUUGGCAUUUGUUUCUCAAAAAAAUCUAUUAAUAUCAGCUGGUGAAGAUUCAGUUAUGGUAUUCUGGGAUUUGAAUGCUCAAAGAAAAGAAACACCUCCAUGGGCUGAAUCAGAUAAUUGUGAAUCAUGCAGUCGACCAUUUUUAUGGAACAUAAGUGGAAUAUUUGAACGUAAACAAUUUGGUUCUCGACAGCAUCAUUGCAGAGCUUGUGGUCGAGCUUUAUGUGAUAAAUGUAGUCAAGAACAAUCUACUAUACCAUUAUUGGGAUUUGAACUUCCUGUACGUGUUUGCAAAUUUUGUAGCACCAAUAUUGACCAUACUCCUUUGGCAACAUUCCAUGAUACUAAACAUAGUGUUGUAUCAAUGACAUUAGAUACUCAACGUAAAUGUAUUGUUACUAUUGGUCAAGAUAGAAUAAUUAAAAUCUGGGAUAUAUCUGUUUUUAUUUAAAAUAUAGCAUAAUUCUAUAAUUGUUUUACAGUUGAUAUGAAACAUGUAUAAAAUUAUACAAAAAAUAAAUAUAACAAGCAAUAGUCCAAUUUUGAAAAUUGAAAUUUUCAAAUGUGUUAUUAAAUAA